AUGCCCGCCGCAGUGACCACUAUCACGCCCCAAGCCCUGCGCGCGGCGCUCGACUCGGACGGCGAGCUCGCGCUCUUCGACGUACGCGACGAGGCGGCCAUCCGUGCGGCGCACAUCUUCCACGCGGCGUACCUCCCGCUGUCGUGGCCCGGCCGGCGGGAACGCGCAGAGGCGGUCGUGCCGCGGAAGGGCACGCUCGUCGUGCUCACGGGCGACGAGCCUGCCGUCAGUGCCGACGCGGACGCGUGGCGCGCCUGGGGGUUCACCGACGUGCGCGUGCUCGACGGCGGGCUUGACGCGUGGACGCAGGCAGGCUACAGCGCCUUCCGGCACGUCGCGGGCCCGUCCAAGGCGCUCGCGGAGGCCGGGCGCGAGGCGGUCCUCUCGGAGCGGAUCUGGGCGCCCGCCGACCUGCUCGCUGCGCGCGAAAAGGCGGAGGCGGCCGGCGCGCUGCCGCCGCUAUUGCUCGACGUGCGCUCGGGGGCAGAGUACGCGCGCGCGACCAUCCCCGGCGCGCUCGGCCUGCCAGGCGGCGAGCUGGUCGCGUCCGUGCCGGCGCUCCUGGCUGCCCAGGCGCGCGAGGCCGGGGUCGACGCCGACCCAGCCCGCCCAGUCGUCAUCACAUGCGCAUACCGUACCCGCGGCCAAUUCGGCGCCGCGUCCCUCCAGUGGUGGGGGCUGCCUAACCCGGCGUACUUCCUCGAGGGGGGAACGCAGGCGUGGGUCGAGGCCGGGGGCGAGCUGGAGCCGGGCAGUGCGCCGGUUCCCCCACUCCCUACGACCCACGCGCUGGAGGACCACCCAGCGACCGGCGGCAUCCCGCGCGCCGACCCAUCGACGGUCGACAAGUGGCUCGCGGAACCCGACCGCACGACGUACCUCCUCGACCCGCGUCUCGUCGCUGGCACAUCGUACCCCCUUCUGUCGCCCGCGGCCGCUGCGCGCGUCCGGCACGUCCCGGGCGGGCAGUACAUCGAGAGCAUAGACGAGUACACGCCCGUGUACCGGUCGCGCGUGGUGCUCGUCGACGCGGCGCCGCACACGCGCGCGCUCGCGCUCGCGCGCUGGCUCCGUGCGAGCCGCCUCGUCGACGUCUAUGUCUUCGGCAGCGAACACACCGCGGGGGGCAUCCUCCCCGGCCAGAGGACUGAGGGUGAUAACGAGGCAGGGAUGAUACCCGACUACACCGAGUGGAGCCGCGCGCUGCCCCGCUCCGCUGCGGCUGAGCUGGGGCCGUUCGUGCUGGUGUAG